UAUUAUUUAGUACUGUAUCUAUAUAAGGUUAUCAUACCUUAUAGAAUAAUCGAAAUAUAUCGAAAUUUUAUCGGUCAAAUGUAAACGAAUAUUUUCACUACAAACCAAUGUGAACAUGGCAAAUUUUGAAAACGAAGGAAAUGUAAGUGACAAAGAAUUAAAUGAAAGCAAUGCUGGUAUCGGCGGAGAAAAUUCUCAGGAUUCUCAAGAGGAGGUAGAAAAUAAUAUGCGAACUGAUGAAGAACAAAAGGAAAAGUUAGUGAGGUUACCACUAGGUAGAAUAAAAACAAUUAUAAAAAUGGAUCCUGAAGUGAACAUGAUUAACCAAGAAGCCGUUUUUUUAAUUGCAAAGUCUACGGAGCUUUUUAUUGAUUCCCUUACUAAAGAAUCAUAUAAAUAUACUGCACAAAUGAAAAAAAAGACAAUACAAAAGAGAGAUGUAGAAAGAGCAAUUGAUAAUGUCGAUGCUCUUGUAUUUUUAGAAGGAAUGUUGAAUUGAAAUUUAAUUUAUUUAAUAUUUGUGCUUUGUAACAUGUCAUUGAUUUUCCUUAUUUAUAUAUGUGCAUAAGUUGUAUGUACAUACACAUAUAAGUACAGUUCUGAUUCUUACAACAAAAUACACCAAAAUAUGUGGAGAAGUUUAAUUUUGUAAGAUUUGUUAUUUCUUAUCUUAAUAAUUAUUAUUAAAUAAAUAAAUAUAGUGUACCUCAUAGUGUAUAUAAACUAAGCGUAUAAUGUGAAAAUAACAAUCUUUUGCAUACAUAUAAAUUAAAUUCAAACUGAUUUAUGUAUAAUUUAAUGAAUAGUUAAAACUAAAUUUUAAAAAUGGAUGUAUAAAAAUAAGUACAAAUUACAUAAAAGCGCUUUAUUAUGAGUUGUUAAGCACAAAGACAUACUUAUUAAUCAUUCAUGUAACAGAUAGCAAAGUAUUGGUUAAAAAUAUUUUACUAUAUUUAUACUAAAAUUUUGAAGUUUUAUAUCUAAUAUGUAUCUUUAUCCUAAAACUUGUAUGAUAUAAUUGUAUAUAUAUAUAUAUAUAUAUAUAUAUUUCAUCUGCACAUACAAAGAAUUGCACAAUUUUAUUAUUUUACAAGUAAAAUAUAAAUAAUUUUUUUUAAGUCAUACACAUUAAUAUAUUUUAAUUUGUCUACUAUUAUUUAUAAUCUACUUUGUAUAAUGCAGAAUGAAAUUUUUACAUCACAUUUACUUUUAAUUUAAAAUUUAAUUAGUAACUGUAGUAUUUGCAUUCAAUCCAAGAAAAUAAUUUGUCAAUUUUUUUCAUUUGAAACGCCAGAGAAUAUUUUAGACGUAAAAAGAAGUAUUUCAAAAGUUUCUAUCUAGUAUAUAAUUUAUAAACAAAGAGAGAAAAAAUCAGUCUUAUUUCACAUAUGCCAAUUAUCUCAUUUUUAUACUACCAAUUAUAAAUAUUCAGAGAUCACAAGAGAUACUAUUGUUAUACUAUUAAUACAUAAUAUUUAAAUAGAAAAGAAAUUAUUAUAAUAUUUUCAGCAUAUAAAGAAACAAAUUCUAUAGUACAUAGUAUAUCAUUGUGACCAUCUAAUCUCCAAAUAUUUUCAGUAAUACAAUGUAAUUCAAUCAAAUGAUUUGAUUCAUUGAAUACAAAUAUUUACUUUGAUAUACCUUUGAGUGUGGUAACUACAGAUGAACUAUAUUAUUAAAAUAAAUAAAUGAUUUCUUUGUAUGUUAUAAAGUGAAUGAUUUAUUGUCUGUCUAGCAUCUCUAACAAUUCCAAUGUAAUUAUAAUACUUAGUACAGUGUAAAAGAAAAUUAACGAUUUUCAUUUAUGGGCACAGUGAUAUUUAAUAUAAAUAUAUUUAUAUGAAAGAAAAAGGCGGACGUGCGCUGAGUAUAGGCGCACCAAGAUUUGUGUUACAGAUAUUGGAGCUGAUGAGUAGUAACGCACAAUAGUAUCACUGUAGUAACAUGAUGAUAUACAUAAUCAGCACUGAAUGACUGAACUUCACACGGGGGGGGGGGACUGAUCAUCCAAAAA